GCGUCGUGCCGGCGGGGCCGCGUCUGCGCUCGUCCGAGGGGGGACCUGGUAGCUGGGAAAGAAGGGCCAGGGCCUGUGUCCCUCCUCUAGAGCCUCCCCGCCAUCUGGACGACCCCAAACUGCACGGGCUUCCAGCUUCUCCCUUCAGUAGACGACUAGAGGGAGCAGCGGCCUCCGGAGACCAGCCCUUCUCGCCCACGCCCAUCGUCCCAACCUUCCAGGACCCGAGAGGAGCGCCGCCCGCCGCGGACUGCCCUUGGGGCAGGGGCUGGACUGCCCAGCUCCUGGCGAGAUGGGCAGCUCUCCAAAAAAGCACAAACAAUUGAAGGAUGGAUACCACUGCAUACAUUAAAAGCAUGUUGAAAGGACAAUAAGAAAGCUAGGGAUCUCAGUAUGAAUCCGUCUAGAUCGAGAUCAGACAAUGGUGGUGAAGAAGCUUCAUGUCAAGACGGUAAUCCUCAUGAAAGUGAGAGAAGAUGGCAGCAAGAGCGUCUCCACAGAGAAGAAGCCUAUUAUCAGUUUAUUAAUGAACUCAAUGAUGAAGAUUAUAGGCUAAUGCGAGACCACAAUCUCUUAGGCACCCCUGGAGAAAUAACAUCAGAAGAACUACAGCAGCGGUUGGAUGGAGUCAAGGAGCAGCUCGCCUCUCAGCCGGACUUGAGAAGCGGGACCAAUGCCAGAGACUCAGAAGUCCCUAGAGAAAGUUCAGAUGAAGAUUCUCUGCUAGAAUGGUUGAACACGUUUCGCCGCACAGGAAACGCAACUCGAAGUGGACAAAAUGGGAACCAAACCUGGAGAGCCGUGAGUCGAACAAACCCAAACAGCGGAGAGUUUCGGUUUAGUCUGGAAAUCCAUAUAAAUCAUGAGAAUAGAGGAAUUGAAAUUCACGGUGAAGAUCAGACAGGUGCUCCGCUCUCAGAUUUUAGCAGGGCUCACACCGCAAGUAGGCGACAGAGAUCUGCUAGUCCUGUGGCUAGGCGAACAAGAAGCCAGACCUCCCUGAGUCUCCGUGGUGGUGGUUCCAACGUCCCGAGGACUAGGCUUGGUCUAAGGGGCCAGAAUUCGGUAGAAGGGUCUUUCUCAACAUUGGGAAGAUUAAGAAGUGGCCUUGGGGGAGCAGUUGGCGUUCCCAGAACGAGAGCUGCACGUGCUAAUUUCAGUAGUCAGGGCGGUAGUGAACUCAGGCAGAGGGAGGGGCAGCGGUUUGGAGCAGCGCAUGUCUGGGAAAAUGGGGCUAGAACUAAUGUUACAGUGAGGAAUACAAACCAAAGAUUAGAGCCAAUAAGAUUGAGGUCUUCCUUCAGUAGUCGAAGCCGUUCACCAAUUCAGAGACAAAGCGGCGCUGUUUAUCGUAACUCCCAGAGAGAAAGCAGACCUUCACAGCAGAACAGUAGAAGGUCUGUUAGAAGGAGAGGUGUAACGCGUGUCUUUUUAGAGCAGGAUAGGGAACGUAGAGGUACCGCCUAUGCUCCCUUCUCUAACUCAAGACUUGUGUCAAGAAUAACAGUAGAAGAAGGAGAAGAAUCCAGCAGAUCUUCACCCGCUGCACGACGGCACCCAACAAUCACCCUGGACCUACAAGUGAGAAGGAUCCGUCCUGGAGAAAACCGAGAUCGGGACAGUAUUGCGAGCAGAACUCGAUCCAGGGUAGGGCUAGCAGAAAACACGGUCACGAUCGAAAGCAAUAGUGGCGGCUUUCGCCGAACUAUUUCUCGUUUAGAGCGGUCAGGUAUUCAGACCUAUGUUAGUACCAUCACAGUUCCUCUUCGGAGGAUUUCUGAGAAUGAGCUGCUGGAGCCAUCAUCAGUGGCCCUUCGGUCCAUUUUAAGGCAGAUCAUGACUGGAUUUGGAGAACUGAGUUCUUUAAUGGAGGCCGAGUCUGAGUCGGAAAUUCCGAGACACGGUCAGCAUUUACCAGAGAGGCAGUCCGCGCUGGGUACCCGAGGCGCAGUCAACCACGUGGGCCAGCGCCAUGAAGCUCCCUCUCAAAGCAGGCGGGCCCGAGACAACAGCUCUGAAGUCCCGGGUGGAAACGAGAUGCCCCAGCCUCGCGCCCAACACAGUGAUCACAGAGGUGGCAGGCAGUCGAGGAAUCCAAAUAACUUAGUCGAAACUGGAACACUACCUAUUCUUCGCCUUGCGCACUUCUUUUUACUGAAUGAAGGUGAUGACGAUGAUCCCACACGCGGCUUAACCAAAGAACAGAUUGACAAUCUUUCCACCCGGAACUACGAGCAUAGCAGUAUGGACGGUGAACGAGGCAAAAUCUGCAGUGUGUGUAUCAGUGACUAUGUGACUGGCAACAAGCUGCGGCAGCUGCCCUGCAUGCACGAGUUUCACAUUCACUGCAUCGACCGCUGGCUCUCUGAGAAUGGCACCUGCCCCGUCUGCCGGCAGCCGGUGCUCGGGUCCGGCCUGGCGGGCAAUGGGUGAAGGGUUGGGUCCAUUCAAACGUUCCAUUUUAGUAGAGCUGAGUACUGACGUACCUUUCUGUUGACUUGUGAUGAGCUAACCAGGAUGAAAGAGAACAAGUUAUUCUAGUUCGAACUAUUUUUUUGUGUGCUUUUUUUAACUUGUUAAAUUUCUAUAAAACUGAAAAUGGCACAUGUUAAAUUAUUGACAAGAACAGAGUAGUCUAAUAUUGCUAGCACCAAAUAAUCUUUAAAAUGUUUUUAUUUUGGUAAUUUUGUCAUGCUAAAGCACUUUUGUACCUGCACAAUUCCGUAGGUUAAAAAUCAAUCUUUUUUUCCUUAAUAGCCCAGCAGAAUUUAUUUGGACUUUUUAAGUUGCAGAGGCUUAGUAUCAUAUGCAGACAUUGGUGGCUAUAAGCCUUUCAUUAACUUUUUAUUCAAAGGACAGUAUCUUUCAUGAGAGAGUGUUUGGCUGAAUGUUUGCUAAAUAUAUUUAAGUUACUUGAAAUGUUAAAUUUAAUAUGCAGCUUACCAUAUAUGUAUAUGUAGAUAUAUAAUUUUAAGGUUAAAAUAUUCAGUCUAAAAACUACCAGUUUGGUUUGUAUUUAAGCUUUUGGGCUGUGAAUGCACUUAGCACAAUGUGUAACAUUUACAGGAUCAUCUCUGGGAGGAAGUAGUUUAAGAUAUUUAAAAAUAGACAUAAUUUACUGAAGCGUCUCUGACAAUCUUACUAGACGGCAAGCAAUAUAUAAUACUGAACAAAUAUUUCUUUACUCAGAAACGGAACACAGACAUUUUAGUACAUAGAGAUUAUUUAACUUGAGUUCGGCCUUUUUGUGACUUUUUUGAACGUGCAGACAGUUCUUUGGAUUACAUUAAGUAACGUAUACAAAUAUGCAUGAUUUCUCAAGUUUACUUCUGAAAUCUAAAAACAAAUGCCUAUGAAGAGUCAAAUGCAUAGAUAAUAUGUUAAGUUUACUUGGAGGCCAAAAUCUCCAAAUAAUAUAAAACACAAAACCCUUAAGAGAAUGUGGAAUUUAUAUAACACGAAGUAUGCAUUGAAGAUCUAUUUCUACCAAUAAAUAUUAAAACUAAGCUGUA